AUGCAAUGCUUGAAUCAACCAUCGCUGGUCACUUCGAGAUGGACUGCCCCCAUUCCUUUUAGCUCCCUGCCAUAUUUUGUGUUUGGUGCUCCGCAUGAAAAUCUCGGCUCAAGGAAGUUGAUUAUCGAUACGCUCCGCCCAGAUGACCGAUCUUUGUGCUUAGCAGAAUACCGUGAUCUCUCUGUUCGCAUUGCAGUGGGUUUGAGACGACUAGGGGUCCAAUCAAAGGAUAUAAUUCUAUGUCUUUCAGGUAAUGCAAUAACAUACCCGGCUCUUUUGAUGGGCACCAUCAUGGCGGGCUGUAUUUUUGUGCCUGGACAGCCUAGUUACGGACAUUCAGAAUUGGAAAGGCUACUCACAGUUGCGAAGCCCUCGGUAAUUUUGACUCAACGGGCGCAUCUGGAUAUCCUGUCGGAGGCUGAACAUAAAGUUACUUGCCCAGCCUUAGAGAGGAAAUCCAUUUUUAUUUUUGAUGAUGACAUUCUUGAUAGCACGGGUAGAUCAUUCCUCAAUGUACCUCACUGGCAGGAAAUGGUGGGCUCUAUAGACGAGAAGGUCUGGGAGUAUCCCAAUGUUGAAUCCUCACUUGAUUACAACAGUACAAUUGUCAUAAUCUUCACAUCAGGUACAACCGGGCAUCCAAAAGGUGUUGAGAUUUCUCAUCGCAACUAUAUUUCAGCUGCCAUAAGCUAUAUGCAGCGAGUAUCUCUCCAUCCUGACUGGCAGCAGUCGAUGAAAAAUAUAAGCAAGGGUAUCAAUCAGAUUCGUGUUUUAGGCGCGCUCGGAAUGCACCACAUCCUUGGUCAAAGAUCCUAUAGUGUUAUCUUCCCAAAGCUUGGAGUUCCACUAUAUCUCCUGUGCCAGCCAAGUUUGCAGGAUAUCUUGAACGCCGUGGAAACUUUUGAGAUUUCUGACGCAAUAAUUAGGAGUUCCAUGCUUACGGAAAUUGCGAAAGCCCCUGCUUGUAAUCUUGAAGAAAAGCUGCAUUCUUUGAGGAGAGUGGAGGCAUCUGCAGCUCCAAUGGGACAACUAACUAAAACAACACUGGAGCAAAUAGGCGUCGGGAGAGUUACCCGAGUCUGGGGAUUGACUGAACUUGGAUUGAUCACUGGUCAUGAUAUGAUGGCUUGCUCGCCGUCUGAAUCGGUUGGGGAACUCCACGCCAACUUUGAGGGCAAGGUAACAGAUACCAGUGAGCGUAGUCGGAUCGUGAACCGUAAUACCAUUGGUGAUAUUUGGAUCCGUGCACCUAGCCUUAGCACGGGGUAUUAUCGUAAUCCAGAGGCUACCAGUGAAGCUUAUGGAGCCGAUGGGUGGUUCUCUACCGGAGACGUCGGAUAUGUUGAUGAAGAUGGAAUGUGGUAUAUUGUGGAUCGUAAAAAAGACUUGAUCAAAGUGAACGGAAACCAUGUAGCACCAACUGAGCUGGAAGCCGUGCUACUUCGUCAUCCAAAAAUUGUGGAUGCUGGAAUCACCGGCGUUGCGGUAUACCAAGAUGAAGGACCACGUGCAUAUAUUGUAACCGCCCCUGAAUCAACAUUGUCCGCUACUGAAGUUCAUCAUUUCAUGGCCGAUAAGAUUGCCCAUAUAAGUAUCUUUCUGGAGGCAUCUCGUUCAUUACAAGUAUCCCGCGGAAUUUGGUAA